AUGAGAAUUGUGGUUAUUGGCGCUGCUCCGACUGGCCUUGGCGUCGCUUAUCGGCUUCAUGAGCUGCAAAGAAGUAACAAUGAGCACGCUCAGCAUGUGGAACUCAUCAUCCUCGAGCAGGUUCAGUUCAUUCUCUUGCUUCAUCUGUUAAGUAUACAGGUAUCAAAUACGGUUGUAGAUUUGAUUCACAGCUGCACCAAAUGCGCUGCUGCAUUCUGA